UGCCUCCUGUCAGUGUCCAUCCGUGCCAGUUCUCAGUACUCAUCCAUGCCACCUGCCAGUGCCCAUCAGUGCCACAUCAAUGCCACAUAUCAGUGACCAUCAGUGCCACAUCAAUGCCACAUAUCAGUGCCCAUCUGAGCUGCCUUUCAGUGUCACCCAUCAGUGCCAGUCAGUGUCACCCAUCAGUGCCAGUCUGUGCCACCUAUCAAUGCCAGUCAGUGCCACCUAUCAGUGCUGCCAAUCAGUGCCACCUAUCAGUGCCAGUCAUCAGUGUCGCCUAUCAGUGUGCAUCAGUGCCGCCUAUCAGUGCCCGUCAGUGCUUCCUAUC